AGGAUUAUAAGGAAGGAACACAAGAACUUUAAGAGACUGCUCAUAUGUGUCAGAGAGAUUCUGCUCUGACAACUGAGCUGAACUUUUAUCUGUUAAGAUUGUGCAUGGCACGACAGAAAGUUAAUGUUCCAUGGCUUUUUUUUCUAUGAAGAACCCAGAGAGAGUUAUUUAGUUAUUAUUUAUUUCAUUAAUAGUGUUAUUAUUUGUUUCCUGACUUUUUUUCUGUGAAGAACCUGGAAAGGGUUAUUUGGUUAUGUGUGGCUUUCUGGAAAACAAUAAAUUUUUUAAGCUCCCCUACGAUCGUCACACUUUUUCUGUUACAAACUGACACCGGCCCCCCAUCAGAGAAGGGAAAAGUUGUGGCCCUCACAGGAAAAAGUUUGGGGACCCCUGCCCUAGAGGAUUCCUUUACCCCAGUAGCUCCUAACCCCAAGACAAUUGUGUGUGUGUGUAACGUCCUGUACCCACACAGGGUGUAUGAUGAUGAUGUGGAAAUGUUGUCCUCUCUCAGGUUCUCCCUGUACAGUCGUAACGGGGUGUUUAAAGCCUGCAGAGCCCUGAGGGCCACCAUGGUGGUGGGGGCCACUACUAUCCGCCUGCGCCGGGCCCUGUGCCUGGGGGAAGCAUUUGAGCUGCGCACCAGAAUCGUGGUCUGGGACGAGAAGGCCUUUUACCUAGAGCAGCGUUUCGUCUCCUGCAGGGACGGUCUGGUGGCAGCUGUCAUGUUGUGUAAACAGAACGUCAUGCGCAGCAGUCCUGACAAGAUCCUACAGUUCCUCUGCAAGAGAAAAGUGGAGUGUCCCGACUACCCUGAGGAUCUACAGCACUGGAUCAGCUUCAUCUCAGCCAGCAGCCAGGCCCUGAGAGCCCAGAGUGGUCUAGAGGACAAGACUGGACCGCAGGAAGACAAAGACAAGUGAUUGAGUGCUGUGCUGUUGUCGACGAUAUGGGAGCAUGAAGGCUCUCUCUGACAGAUCUGGGGUGUAUUCAUUAGUGUCGACUGUAGGAAAACGUUUCUCAUUUGAAAAUAAGAGUUACUAUUAGAUUAAUGUAGGUAGGUUUGUUCCGUUUGGUUCCUAGUGAAUACACCCAAGCUUCAGACUGCUGGACGCUCUAUCUCUUCCACUCUGACCUCCUGCUGACUAAGGCUGCGUUUACACAGGCAGCCCAAUUCUAAUCUUUUUUGCCACUAAUUGGUCUUUUGACCAAUCAGAUCAGGUAUUUUGCCACUAAUUGGUCUUUUGACCAAUCAUAUAUUUUCACAUCAGAAAUUUUUCGGAGCUGAUCAGAUUUGGGCUGCCUGUGUAAACACAGCCCAUGAGACUUCACUUCACUGGUGCCUUCUCUCUUCUAGGCCCAGUCCCAAAUGGACCAUAUGCCAUAUGUACUUGUGGAGAUUUGAGAGAAUUUGAUUGGUAUAAGCGAUACGGUGAAACUUCUACCGAGCCUAUCAAAGUGGAAGUUGGAUCCAUUUCCAUAUCGAUUGCAUCUGACCAAUCAUCUCACAUCUGUACUAGGGCAUAGGGUCCGUUGUGGGACUGGACCUAGAGUCAAAUAGGACAGACCUGUCUAUGGACCCUCUGCUGUAUCCUGGAUACUCCUUGUGGAGGGUGGCAUGCACAACGGUCUGUUACUACUGACCAUUCCAUAUAGGAAUUGGAACAUAGGAAUCUAUAGGAAAGAGGUCAAAUGAAUUCAUCUAUAUUUUCUAUGUUGUAAAAUAAAAAUCAAUUGAUUUGA